AUGGGCAGCUCUGACUCCAAACCCCAGCGUGCCAGAUCGGACUGCACUGAGAUUAAGAGGCUCCUGCCAGAGUCACGCAGCGGAGUUUAUAUGAUCCAUCCUGUGGCAAGCAGAAUCCCCUUCAAGGUGUACUGUGAGAUGAGCGCCGAUGGCGGCUGGACGGUGAUUCAGAAACGCACUGGAGCUGCAGUUUCUUUUGAACAAAACUGGGCUUCAUAUGAACACGGCUUUGGUCACCUGACGUGGGACCACUGGCUUGGCUUGAGGAAGAUUUACUGGCUGACCCAUGGCAGGAGCAACAUGUUGAGGGUGGACCUGUGGGACCAUGAGAGGAAAACUGCUUAUGCCCAGUAUGAGAAGUUCAAUUUGGGGAGUCCAAGUACGGCUUAUAAACUCCGUAUCAAGGGAUACUCAGGAACUGCAGGUGAUGCCAUCCGUGGCACCAACUCUGAAGGAGACCAAACUGGCUUUGGCUUCAGCACGUUCGACAGGGACAAUGACGGCUGCAACUAUUGCAUCCCCUUCGGUGGCAUUGCUUCUUCACGAUGUGCCGAUCACCCUGGUGGCGGCUGGUGGUUCAGCGACUGCGGCGCCGCUCAUCUCAACGGUCCUUUCUAUGCUGACAGCGGCCACUCAGGCCUCAGGUGGAGCACCUGGAGAGGCCAUCACCCAAUCAAGGCCUCCAGAAUGAUGAUAAAAUCUUUGUAA